AUGGCACCAAAUGGUAAAUGCAUCAAGCCAAGAAAUGAAACCGGAGAAAAUGAGAGCAAAGCAUUUUGUGCCCGUUCUUUUGUUGUUGUUUUUAUUACCUUGGCAACAAUCUGUGCCUCAAGCACACCUCAAAAACCGAACCAAAACCCAAAUAAGAUGAAGCAUUUCGUGCUUGUUCACGGUGCUAGUCACAGAGCAUGGUGCUGGUACAAGCUAACAACCCUACUGACCGCCGCUGGUCACAACGUCACAACCCUAGACCUUCCUGGAUCAGGCAUAGACCCAACGCAGGUACAACAAAUCCAUUCCAUCACAGACUAUUCCGAGCCCUUGAUCAAGCUCAUGGAGUCUCUGCCACCGCAUGAUAGGGUUAUCCUAGUAGGGCACAAUUUGGGUGGGCUCCCAAUAUCUCUUCUCAUGGAGAGGUUCCCUCGUAAAAUUGCUGCUGCAGUUUUUGCCACCGCUAGCAUGCCUGGUCUAAAUAUCAGUUUGGCCACUAUAUCUGAAGAGAUAAAUAGUUCUACACAUGGAUAUCUUGGCAGAAAUACAGAUUUUAUGGACACUCAAUAUAGAUUUGAUGAUGGAUCCGACAAACCUGCAACCGCAGUAUUCUUUGGGCCGAAGUUUUUGGCGUCAUCAUUGUACCAACUCUCGCCACCAGAGGAUUUAACACUAGCACUGACAUUGGCGAGAUGGGCGCCCCUGUUUCAUGAAAAAUUAGUAGUGACUAGGAAGAAAUACGGAUCCAUUUCUAAAAUAUUCAUCAUGACCGAACAAGACCGUUCAAUAAAACCGAACCUGCAAUUGUUGAUGAUCGCCAAAAAUCCACCAAAUGAAGUCAAAGUGAUUAAUGGUUCUGAUCAUAUGGUCAUGUUUUCCAGACCAAUGGAGUUGUUCACCAACCUCCUUCAGAUUGCUCAAAAAUAUUCUUAA